CGCAUUUACCCCUGCAGCGGGUUUGGCCGUCUCAGCCUCGCCAGGCGCCCACCCAUAUCUAGUCGCCUCUCGACCCCGUUGCAGCAACCCCACGGUUCUUUCAAACAUCGCGCGCGCAUAGGCUCUCGACGAUGGCUGCAGCAUUUCGCCCAGUUAACAGUCCGCUGGCGACGGGAGAAGCCGCUAGGGACACUCUAUCGACGUCACCAAUGACGCCACGACCAACCACCGCGCCGACCCAAACGACGAACCGCUUAGAUGAGUCCACAAUGCCCACUCGCGCGAGCUUCGGCACCGGUGCCUUGGCAUCUCAGAAGCCCCUUCCGACGUCGCCCUUUCCAGAGUCGGUACAAGUGCCCGAGCCCGGGACAACCGCCCCAAAAAAGGAACAGACACAGCCCCCGAAGGCGUCCAAAGAUCCUGAUAAUGUGGACAUGGAGGAAUCUGACGGGGAUGCGCAUGCCGCCGAUGACGCUCCUGCCUCGGAAGACGAAAGUGUGAACGGAGAUGGCACAAAAUCCAAGAAGAAGAAGUCACAGCGGUUCUACUGCACUGACUAUCCGCCUUGUAAUCUAAGCUUCACCAGGAGUGAGCAUUUAGCGCGGCAUAUCAGAAAACACACCGGGGAACGCCCUUUCCAAUGUCACUGCUCCCGACGCUUCUCCCGACUUGAUAACCUGCGACAGCAUGCCCAGACCGUGCACGUAAACGAAGAUAUCCCGAUCGACUCGCUCGCGGCUACCGGAACACGGUUCCAGAGACAGAUCAGGACCGACAGGGUGCGCCAACCAGGUAGGACCAGGGCCUCAACAGCGGGCAGUGUCGGACCCGGCGGGCGAGGUCAUUCAAAGUCACUAUCGACUUCUAGCAUCACCAGUGUCAGCUCAAUCGCUUCGGGCUACAGCGUGAGCGAUGCUCGGCGGAGGCCGCCACCUCUUGUCAUGGCAGAUCCCCGGUCUCGAAUGUCGCUUGAAUCGUAUCGUGGCCCCGACGGCCAAUACUACAGAGCACCUUCACCGGGAGACUUCAGCACUCCCACUUCAGCUACUUUCUCUACGGGCCAAAACAGCCCCCGAUGGGGACCAGUCAUGUUACCCGGGUCAUCUCACUCACGAGCACACAGCAUGUACACCCCCGGCUCUAGAACGCCCGGCCGCCGCCUGAGCGUCCCCUCCGGUGGCAAUCCUUUCCAGUCGCCUCACGGUGCCGGUGUGAGGGCUCCGAUCCUUGGCCCCUCGAUGUUGAACUCGUCCAACUCGGGCGCAUUCUCGCCAUCGCAGAGCAGUCUUCUGGCUUCACCCACAACAUCGACAGCGACUUGGUCCCGCCGAGACUCCACGUCAUCGGCGGCGGACGAGGCAUGGCGCAGACGAACAUGGCACCCCGAUACACGCGAUUACAAUGGGGCAAGCAGGCUGAGUCAGGUCAUCACUCCGUCACAGUUCCCUCCAGACACCGUCACUCUCCCCCCUCCCAACACUGGGGGCCAACAACAAGGACAGCCAUUGCGCCUUCCCGGCAUCGAAUCUUUUGACGAGUUCACACGACUUGCACCACCCCCACGAAACCCCUCCCCGAUGAUGAUUGAUUCGGGGAUCUCCAGGCCGCCCGCGGGAUUCCAAGCCGGCGGGACCGGCACAGAAGACCAGCGGAGUCGCGCGUCCCAGUGGGAUUCGAGCUUAGAUCGUGGGUUGAACAGAUUAGAUAUCAAUACGCCGCCAAGAGAUGGCGCAGGUGCUUGGGCUAGCGAGGCGAACCAGGCGCUCCAUGCCCGGGCUGAACAGACCCGGGUGAGGUUCGAACCCGAGGUCAAGCCCUCACCGGCGGUGCACCCUCCGGUGGCACCGACGACACCUCCAAACAUUUUCGGACCUCGGCACCAACACACUGUGUCGGCGCCUUCCUUUAACACACCGCGCGAGUCUAGGCGGCAUGGAUGGUAUAACGGUCCAGUCUCCAGCUAUCCUACGGGUGAAACGAUACAUGAAGGCCGUUCCCACGUCGACCGUAUCGUUCACCCUAACGUCAGCUCCUUCCAGGGCUUCCCAGUUCGCGAUCAACAGCCUGUCAUCCACCAGCAUCAACCGGGCUCCCCGAUGGAGCGAACUGAGCGAGUAGAGCGGGUCGAACGGAUGGAACAGAUUCCUGAGCGAUCUCCGAAUCAAGGAGGUGAACCAGAAUCUAUGAGGCGCCUGGAGGCACUUGUCGCCGUUGCCACCGGCCAGAACAACGCCGCAACCGCUUAUUGAAAUGCUUGUGGUUUGCGCCGUUGCUGCAUCAGGAUUAUGAUCAAACAUACGGGUACCUCCCGUGAGUUCAGCGGCGCCCGAGAUGCUCCACACUCUGCGCCCGGUUGAUUUCCUCUCAGGAUAUGCGAUCAUUCGCUGGCAUAUGAUAUCACCACGAGCCUCGACGCUCUUUGCAUUUUCUCUCCCUUUUCGAAACGUGCAGGCUGGGACAGGCUACUUUUGGUCGGAGUUGAUUUAGAU